AUGGUACCACCACCCUUGUCGUCUAAAACUUUGUCAAGUCGGAGAUAUCCACUUGGCUCUAUCAAUGAGGCCAUUUCGAGUGCAGCAUCGCCUUUACAAAACUCAUUCCAGCUCAGUUGUCGUUCUCCACUGUCCCCGAGGGUUUCGCAGACUCCGGCCCUCGCUGGAGAUACACCUCGAAAUGCAACACUUUCCACCAGGUAUAAUCCAGGCUCCUACCUGGCUCCAUCCACGAGAUCCUUCUUCACAGCUACAGAGAGAGGAGAGCCCAGAGUGAUUCUCAGCGAAGAGGAGGACAACGACGAUGCCUCCAGCUAUACAGCUUUCUCGCCUUCCGAUAGCACCUGGCUGUGUCCUCCAAGCACGCCUGCAGCCCUUCAGUAUGGCACCCAUCAAGAGGAAGGGAAGCUGGGCGUCGUGUCCGUCAUCAAUAUAAUUAUAGGGAAGACAGUUGGCGUUGGGGCCUAUACCAUACCGUCGGCAAUCUUUGACGGCAUGGGCUCCGUCGGGAUGACCCUAGUGUUAUGGGUGGUCGGAAGUAUUAUCUCCUUCUGUGGGCUGGCAGUCUACCUCGAGUUGGGCACGGCGAUACCCAAGAGCGGUGGCGAGAGAGUCUACCUCGAGCGAAUAUUUCGAAAACCCCGGAUGCUUGCGACAUGCAUGUUCAUGUCGUACGUGGUACUGCUCGGGUUUUCGACCCCGAAUGCGAUAGUGCUGGGCGACUACGUCUUAUACGCACUGGACAUUCCUAGGGAUCGUUGGAACGUGCGCGUCAUCGCCGUCUUAGCGGUAUCAAUGCUUUGCUACAUACACUCUCGGUUUCCGAAGCUCGGCCUCAAGCUCAUCAACGUCCUUGGAAUAGGCAAGCUGGCGAUCUUGGCCUUCGUGAUUCUUUGCGGCGCUGUUGGGGGGAUGGUCGGCGUGGGACAGGCAGCACCUAGAUCGGAGGCGCGAAGGCUCGACUUACCCCUGACCCAUGAUCGGACCUUCAGCACGGCUCAACGUAACUUCAAUGAUAUCUGGGCUGGCUCCUCAUCGCAGCCAUACGACUAUGCAACCGCUCUUCUCAAGGUGCUAUACUGCUUUCGCGGCUACAGCACCGCAAACCAGGUCCUCUCCGAUGUCAAGAAUCCAGUGCGGACACUAAAGGUUGCCGCGCCCAUAGCAUUGAGCAUCGUUUCGAUUGGUUAUCUAGCCAUCAACGUGUCAUUCUUCAUGGUUGUCGACAAGGAGGAUUUCAAAUCAUCCGGCGUCGUUGUUGCCGGUACAUUCUUCCGCAACCUGUUCGGCGAUGUCGUCGGGGCACAUAUCCUCCCAGUCUUUGUCAUUGUAUCCGCGGCUGGCAACAUAGCGGCGACCGCAUUUGCUCAGGCAAGGGUCAACGAAGAGCUCGCCAAAGAUGGCCUGCUGCCAUGGAGCGAGUUCUGGACAACCAAGCCAGCGGUGACUGAAGAACGGUUCGCCUCACCAAUGAAAAGACACCUGGCUCCGGCAGCCAGUUCUUCACCUUCGCGUGGUCUUCUUCUGCACUGGGCGGUUUCCGUGGCCGUCAUCGUUAUUCCACCGCCCGGGAAGAUCUACAACUUCCUCGUCGACAUCGGCGGCUAUCCCGUCUCAGUUGUUUCGGUGGCCGUUAGUCUAGGUUUGUUCUAUCUACAAGUUUCGCCACACGAGAGGUGGACAUCGCCGUUCCGCGCGAGCCGCAUCGCUGUCUUCGUCUUCGCGGUAUCGAACUGCCUUCUGCUGAUCUUCCCAUGGAUCCCACCAGUGGGCGGACAAGGCGAGGACGCGGGCUUUGCGUACUACGCCUACCCCUCGACGGCACUUGCUGUGUUGGGCAGCGGUACGCUGUAUUGGUGCUGGUGGAUUUCUCGGGGGAAUGGUCGGGUCGAUGAGAUAAAGAGCGAAAGGUGGGAUAAACCAGAUCAGAACGGCAUGGAAGCUCGAGGGCUCCUGCUUCACGAUACGGCUUUGCAUUCUCAGGGAGAAACAUCCGCAAGUGCCACUGAAAUCAGACGGAGAGCAGCAUGCGGGUGCCCGUUGUCUCAUUGA